GCAAAUGUCGCAUGGCAUUCUGUUGCGAUCUAAAUUUCAAACCGACUGAAUGAUAUAAGUUCCUAUCGCCGUUGCAAUCAAUCCAAGACACCACAUCGCAUGUAGAUAGUGCACGUUAAAUGAAGCACCAACUUGAAUCGCCUACCAACACCACCGCGAUGAAUAUUAAUUCACUCGGCACCGAGUCUGGAUCGUCAAAUGGCCAAGCACCGGACACAACUAACAUCUCUAGUCGAGGUCGCAUGCCGCACUUGUGCCACAGCGGAUCUCUGCAGCAGCAAAUGAUGUCCUCGCAGCGAUCAAUUCUCUGCAGAAAGUGCUAAUCUGAGCCAGCCUCUCGGCCCGCAGCUUCGGACAGCCACGCCCCCUGUCCGCCGGACCACCAAGGUCAGCUCGCCAGUGAAGCAAAGUCCGGACAAGACAGAACUUUCAAUGGAGAGACAGAACCUAAAUCUAGACAAUGCCACAGAGUAACGAGGAUCCUUCCCUGAUGUCCGGCUCGGUGUCUCUCCAACAGGGUCCGUCAGACAUCACGAGGGCGAAGGGUUCCUCCCUUGGCUGCGCAGGUGGGUGCUUUAUAUACAAAUCAGCUUGCCCUUCGGGCGAGAUAUAAUAAACAGUCUUCAUCUUCAUAGCAGCUUGCUCCAGUUGUGCUCUUGGAAGUGAUAUUGGUCACCUUGUCACGCUCAUUCUAUCACCGACUCAUUCUUUACGACAUCACAACUUGUACUCCAAACAAACAGUCAAAAUGCCUGGCACUGUUACAAAGUACGACGCGAUCCCUGGCCCUCUGGGUCUGGCAUCCGCGUCUUUGGAGGGAAAGGUAGCACUUGUAACUGGCGCUGGUCGUGGUAUCGGCCGGGAGAUGGCCCUAGAGCUAGGCCGUCGCGGUGCCAAGGUCAUCGUCAACUACGCCAACAGCAAGGAGUCGGCCGAGGAGGUGGUGCAGGCCAUCAAGAAGAGCGGCAGCGACGCGGCGUCGGUGCGCGCCAACGUGUCCAAGGUAUCCGAGAUCGUCGCCCUGUUCGAAGAGGCCAUCAAGAUCUUCGGCAAGCUGCACAUCGUGUGCUCCAACAGUGGCGUCGUCUCCUUCGGGCAUGUCAAGGAUGUCACCGAGGAGGAGUUUGACCGCGUCUUCGCCACCAACACGCGCGGCCAGUUCUUCGUCGCCCGCGAGGCCUACAAGCACCUCGAGAUCGGCGGCCGCCUCAUCAUGAUGGGCUCCAUCACGGGCCAGGCCAAGGGCGUCCCCGCGCACGCCGUCUACUCAGGUUCCAAGGGCGCCAUCGAGACCUUUGUCCGGUGCAUGGCCAUUGAUUUCGGCGACAAGAAGAUCACGGUUAACUGUAUUGCGCCUGGCGGCAUCAAGACGGACAUGUACCACGCCGUCUGCCGCGAGUAUAUCCCCAAUGGCAUGAGCCUAUCAGAUGAGGAGGUUGACGAGUACGCCUGUACUUGGUCUCCCUUGCACCGUGUCGGACUGCCUAUCGAUAUUGCUCGUGUUGUCUGCUUCCUGGCCUCGAAUGAUGGUGGCUGGAUGAACGGCAAGGUCCUCGGCAUCGACGGACACGCCAUGAUGUAAAUAUAUAUAAUUAGGACUCAGAUAAGAAGCACACACUGCAUGGUAUACCAAAUUAUUGGAUGCGCGAUCCGAGGGCGAAAGACUGUGAUUGUGAGGAUAGAGUUCAACACGAUUUCUCGUGGAAGUGAUAAAUAGAUAUAUGUGGCGAAUGGGCUUAUUAUUUACAUUGAUUUUGAUGUUGUAAUUAUAUACAAAAUUAUAUUUGGGCGGCUUUGGCAAUAAUAUGCUUAUACACCUAGACACUAUCUUUACUUGAAUGGCUAACUGGAUGAUUUUCAGUCAUUAAAGGACUUAUAGUAAAGAGGGCUCACCAGUCUAGGGAGAAGGUCAAG